UGCAGCGAUCCACAUUAAGCAUAUAUAUUUUUUUUUAAUUCUUUUGCUGACGCAUGUCGUGGAAAGCUCAAGCUCGUAGCGGUGACACCGCCAGUGCGUUGCUGCAGCCACACCAGGUGCUAGUCUCACACGAGGACGCUUCACUGUACUCCAUCAAGCAGCUAGAUCUGCUGCGUGUCCACUUCGCGUCGCAUCAGUCUGCUGUUCUCGUGCUAGAAUGCGUCAUCGAUCGUCGCCAGUCGUCCAAGGCUUCGAGCGGCAGUGCUGUGCUCAGUGGAGGACGUAUCCAGCUGCAUCCGUGGGUGCUUAACGUAUAUAGACAAUUAGAGAACACGUUUGCAACACUGAAGAAGAUUGAACUCGCUUCGUUUACGUCCAUUUGGCUGAGUGUGCAGACCAAAUUCCCGACCAUCGCAACCUCCGGCACUGACAGCGUUGGCGUGGAGCUGGGCGACUCCCGCAUAGACCUGCUGCCUGGGAGUGUCCACAAGAGGCAGAUUGACUUGGAGGCAGUGGUUCGACGCCAUCUGCGAGCUGCAGGAGCGCUCCGAGCACCGCAAGUGGGCCAACUCGUGCCUGUGAGGAUAUUGAGGGACACGUACAUCUUUCGGAUUGAUAGAGUGGACGAAAAUGGAGUGCCAAGUAAGGAGAAGACGCAGGUUUUCGUAAAGGGAUGGAGUGAAGCGACAGAGGAGGAGGAACAGGAAGCGUUGACGGAACAGGUCGCGGCUCUGAGUACUAAAGACAAAGAUUCAGGUAGAACGACUGAUGCGUCGUCAUACGAAAGCGAGCUAAAUGCUCGACUGUGGCAGAGUGGCUUUGCUGGGUACACAGCAUUUGUACAAGAUGUGCUACUCAACCUUGCGCUGGUGUUGAAGCGUGGACAUAGUCUCAAGAAUGGCGUGGAAAUGGAGCAGAUUGGGUCGCAUGGAUUGCUUUUCUCGGGUGUGAGUGGUGUGGGGAAGUCUCUUGCGUUGGUGGCUCUACACCGUGAGUUAGUGCGAGAGAAAAUUGUAACGUGGAGGACCGAUGGUAUGUCGCUGCUAAUGGAAACUGAGAGUCCAGCGUUCCCCACAGCCUAUGAAUAUUUGACUCACGAACUGGAACAGCGUUUUCCAGACUUAGGAUCUCUAAAUGAUCACGAGAUUGAUCAAGAAUCAUCUUCUUGUGUUGGAGUUGUGCUAAUUGACGACUUGGACGUGCUGUUCCAAUCAGCAGAUGGUCAGAUUGCUGAUGGAUCGAACACGCAGCUCCCGCAACUUGGCAGCGCUUUGCUGCGUUUACUUGACGAGUUUAGCUCGCGAAAUUUACGUCUCGUUGUUGUCGGAACGACUGCGAGUGCCGACGCCAAUAUUCCUCUUGCUGCUAAGCGUACCGGUCGAUUCGGUAAAGUUUUGGACCUGGUUGUGCCUACUGAACAAUCCCGCCGUGACAUUUUGAGACGACAUCUCAUCGGGCUGCCACUACGGAGCGAAGAAGCUUCAACGGACAGCGACGCUGAAAGGCUGGCCUCUCGUCUGGCAUCACUGACCGGAGGUUACGUGGCGAAAGACUUGGUGCGUAUCUGUCGAAACGCGGCUGCAAGAGCUCACGCUGAAUCAGUUAGCGACGGUGGCUCAAUUAAGCCGUCAGUCGGAUGGACCGAGCUGUUGCAAGCCCAGCAGCAAGUAAAACCUUCGCAACUUCGAGAGUUGAAUGUGGCGUCACCUGGUGCGCCAGUGGACGGAAAGCUCGCGUUUGCCGGCUAUACUGCUGUGCAGAAACAGCUUUUCGACUUUGUUUCUUGGAAAUUCCACCCCACCAACGCGAUGAACCGCCUAGGAAUUUCGAACGCAUCAGGAAUCUUGCUGUCAGGUCCAUCGGGCUGUGGUAAAACAUUGCUAGUGCAGACACUGGCAGCUAAAGCCAAGGUGAACUUCGUCUCUGUCAAGUCAUCCGAGCUGCUCUCCAAAUAUUUAGGCGACAGCGAGAAAGCAGUGCGUCUGCUCUUCGCUCGUGCACGUGCUGCGUCCCCGUGUCUCUUGUUCUUCGACGAGUUCGAUUCUAUCGCUCACAAGCGCUCGUUUGGUGAGGGUGAUGGAGGAAGCAGUGGCGGUGGAGUCUACGCACGCGUUCUCUCCACUUUCCUCAACGAGAUGGACGGCGUGGGCUCACAGCGCGUAACAGCAUCAUCCGUCUCGCGUACUAAGGGAUUAUCAACAGCGGAUAGCGGUGGCAUUCUCGUGGUAGCCGCAACGAACCGAAAAGAUGCUCUUGACGCCGCUCUCGUUCGUCCCGGCCGCAUCGACAAGACUGUGGAGAUAGGAUUCCCGACUCAAGAAGACAUUGAGGUGAGGAACGAACGUGCACGGGUCUAACGUGGUGAAUUUGAGUUAAUAGUGGUUUGUUGCAGGAUAUUCUUGCUCUGUACACGAGAAAGAUGCCGCUAGCCGACGACGUCAACAUCCAAGAACUUGCUGCGCGAUCGAGAGGUUCUCGCACGUUCACGGGAGCUGACAUUGCUGCAAUCUGCAAGGAGGCUGCAUUCCGUGCACUUCGCGAAGAUAUUGAGGCGAAGACUGUUCGUUCACGGCACUUUGAGGCGGCAUGGGAUCAGCGCGCUGAAGCAAGUCCAACAUACACGACUCCAUCCAGGGUCAACCAGGACUCCACAGGUGUCUGAUACCACGACUAAUAGAUGAUGUCAGCGUGGCGAUAGCGAAGAGUGGCCAGCCACGUCACGCGGGAUAAUUUUGAGCACUUGGCGUAAGUCCUUAGUGCGAGCUGAAGCUGCUCUCUCAGCUGACUUUUUCUUUCGUGCUCGACUUUCUGUCUCCACUUCACGUGCUCUGGAUCGCUUUAACGUCCGCUUCGUGUCUGGAGAGGGAGUGAUUCCAACACGUUCACGCUCUCUGUCGACUUCGUUACUACUCAUAUGAGCGAACACCGUUUUGAAGGGGAAGAAUGCUUGCAGGAAAGGGUGGAACAGCGCCUGCUUUGCUGUGAUCCUCGUGGCUGGGUUGACAUUCAGCAGACUGUAGAUAAAGUCCUGGAACUGGUGAUUCCCCAGAGCUGCAGCUUCUAAACGAGCUUUCAACGACGUCGAUGGCGUCUGCUGUCUGUGACUCUCUGUUGUCUCUUCAUACCGGGCAGCAGACCUGUACGGGGCGCACGCAGCACUCAGAGACACUCCGUUCGUUAUGACACCUUCAAUCUGCCUCAAUAGAUCGUUAUUCUCGAGCCUUGCGACCUCAGAACGCUCCUGUACUGACGCAUCCAGAGCUGGCAGAGUGAAUAAAGGUUUACCAGACACGCACUCGAGCAACAGACAGCCCAGUGACCACAUAUCCAUCGCAGGGCAAAGCAACAGCCCCGCAGCCACCUCUGGAGCGCGAUACGUGACAGUC